AUAUAAACCUAACACGUCAGACGUCAUUCAUAACAGUGUGGCUUGCAGUUUGUAUUGUACUAAUCAUUCGUGAUUUUGGUGUUUUCGUAUAUCCUGAUAAAAGUAUUUUAAAUUUCAACCUCAAAUAUGGUCCACAAAAAGAUUACCAUGGAAGGAUCUUUAUUCGAGCCUACCCUAUAUAUUGUGAAGGGUAUGUGCAUACUAGACAAUGAUGGCAACAGAAUCCUCGCCAAGUACUACGACAGUGACAUCUUGCCCACAACAAAGGAGCAGAAGGCGUUUGAAAAGAACCUGUUUAACAAAACACACAGGGCAAAUGCUGAAAUUAUAAUGUUGGACGGCCUAACCUGCGUCUACAAGAACAAUGUUGAUCUAUUCUUCUAUGUCAUGGGCAGUUCACAUGAGAAUGAGUUAAUUCUGCAAUCAGUGUUGAAUGCACUAUACGAAUCUGUCAGCAUCCUGCUUAGAAGAAAUGUCGAGAAGAGGAUAAUUCUGGACAACUUGGAUGCUGUCAUGCUGGCAUUUGACGAGAUUUGUGAUGGGGGUGUAAUCCUGGACUCGGACCCCACCUCGAUAGUGUCCAGGGCGGCUCUCCGCACCGAGGACGUGCCGCUCGGCGAGCAAACCGUCGCUCAGGUUCUACUGAAUUUAAUGAAUAACAAUUAUUAGCUUCAAGAAAUGGCACCACGAAUUUGUUUUACCUAUUUUUUUUCUAUUAACAUUUGAUUAUAUGUUCUAUGAUUAAAUAGUUUUAUUUUUUAUACA